AUGGCCGUCCCCACACCCGCACCAGCCGCCCCGACCGUGCUCCAGCUCCCGCGCAUCGCCGUCCAGCCCUCGUUGCCGCUCGUCCUUGCCGACCUGUCGCGCCCCGGCUCGCACAUCGCCGCAGAGGACGCGUGGGUGUCGGCCUACAACGGCACCCGCUCAGCCCAUGCCCGCAUCCGCGUGUCCGAGGGCGACCAACCCGGUUCAUCGUGCGACCUCGACCCGCUCGACGACCUCGUCCCGGCGGCCGACCUCGCGCUCGACCCGACUCACUGCGCCGUCCGACUCGCCGUACCUUCACUCUCCAUCCCUCCCACCACCGCCCUCCUCCCCUCGCCCCGCCUCAACCCCGUCCGCCCCUCGUCCUCCUCGUCAACGACCAACCCGACCUCGCUCGACGAGCCCGCACCCGCCUUGCUCGCCUCGUCCGGCCCCACCUCGCUCGACCUCGUCGUCCUCUCGCCCCAGGCCGACAAGCUCCUCCUCGGUGGGCCCGACGGCCACGCCCGCGUCGUCCACCUCGUCGGGCACGACCUCGCGCAAAAGGGCCCAGAGGUGCGCCUCAGGGGCCACGUCGGCGACGUGUGCGCUGCUGGAUGGGCUGCGAGUGGAGAGGUCGUCGUCACGGCCGCGAGCGACAUGACGGUGCGCGUCUUUAGUGCGACGGACGGCUCCUCCCCACGCGUCGCCGCCGUCCCCCCUCAGCGCCCCACCGCGCUCAUCCCGCUCCUCUCGCCCCUCUCCUCCUCCACCACCGCCACCUCUCCUCCCGCACCCGCACCCGCACCCGUACCCCACCCCCAGCCCCACAAAGGCCGCCACGUCCUCGUCUCGUCCCUCUCGGGCACCCUCACCCUCCUCGACCUCUCGCCCGCCCCGCCCGCCCCGCUCCACACCUGGCGCCUCGCCGCACCCGUCACGGCCUGCGUCGUCCUCCUCGACGUCGCAGAGCCCGAGGACCACCCGGACGACGUCGGGAGGCGCAGGUACGCGCUCGCGGCGGGCGCGGACGGGUGCGUGCGCGUGGUCGGGCUCGCGCUCGAGGAGGCGGCGGCGGCGGCGGGAGGCGAGGCGGGCACGGUGAUACUACGCGCUCCAGCGUCAGGGUCGGGCGCGCGGGGGCACGUGACGGCGCUCGACGCGCUGCCGUGCCCCGGCGGCGAGGGCGGGUGGACCGUCGCGCUCGGGACGAGGGACGGCACGGUCGCCGUGUACGACGUGCCGCGCUCGGCGGUACUCGCCGCCGCUGCUCCUGCUCCUGCUGCCAGUGCGGGUCCGGCGGCGCAGGACGGCGACGAGCACGAGCUCGCCCCGCGCGUCGCCUGGCGCCGCACGCCGCCCGAGCCCGAGCCCGGCGCAGCCUCGUCGGGCGCCGCGAUCCAUGCGCUCGUGCUCUCGCGCCGGGAGCGCACGUGCGGUGCGCUCGAGGAGCGCGAGGGCGAGGGCGGCGAGCGCGCGAGGAGCGUGCUCGUUGCGCCGGGGGACGGGCUCGCGUACCGGGCGGGGCUCGGCGGCGAUGGCGAUGCGCGAUCUGGCGAGGGGGAGCAGGAGCAGGAGCAGGAGCAGGGGCAGCGUCGCGCCGUCGUGCACGUCGAGGAAGAGCUCGUCGGGCUCGACUGCGAGCCGGCGCGCUCGAUCGUCGAGGACGGGCACGGCCGCGUGUGGGUCGUCGGUGGGGGCGCCGUCAGGGUGUAUGAGCGCCGGGCGCUGUGAGGAAGGUGCAAGGCCGGUUUGCGGCUGC